AUGGCGCCGCCAGCCUCACGUGACCGUCUUGCGUUCCAGGACGCAUGGGGAGGGCGCGACGGUCUCAAUGGAGUGCGCCUGCGCAAGGAGGGGGUGGGUGGAGCCGUGUCCAUGGCAACCCUCCAUCAGUCCGGGCAGGACUGUCCCGCGGAGAGCGCGGGGGUUCAGGAACUGGCGACUGGUGGGGCAGCGAGAGGCGAGGGGCCCGCGCGGCCAGGGCCGCUGCAAGAUGAGACCCUUGGCGUGGUGUCGGUGCCCUCCCAGUGGAGGAGCAGCCAGGGCAUCCUCGGAGAGACGAAAAGCUGCCAGACAGCCAGCGUUGCCACAGCCGAGGCGUCUGCCCAGGCCCGGAAGCAUGCCGAUGCUGAGGUGCAGACCGAGCCCCCAGUGCCGGCUGCUGUGCCUCCUGCGUCCCUGCAGGACAGCCCCCGGCUUGCAGCCUUUCUUCGGAGGGUGGAGGGCAUGGUCAUCCGAGAGCUGAACAAGAAUUGGCAGAGCCAUGCGUUUGAUGGCUUUGAGGUGAACUGGACGGAACAGCAGCAGACGGUGUCCUGCCUGCAUACCCUGGGCUACCCUCCAGCCCAGGGGCAGGGUCUGCAUGUGACCAGCAUCUCCUGGAACACCACUGGCUCUGUGGUGGCCUGUGCCUAUGGCCGACUGGACGAUGGGGACUGGAGCACGUUGAAGUCCUUUGUGUGUGCCUGGAACCUGGACCGACGAGGCCUGAACCCCCAGCAGCCCUCAGUGGUGGUAGAGGUGCCCAGUGCCGUCAUGUGUCUGGCUUUCCACCCCUCACACCCGGCCCUCAUUGCAGGUGGGCUGUAUAGUGGCGAGGUGCUGGUGUGGGAUGUGAGCCGCCCUGAGGACUCACUGCUCUGGCGAACGGGCCUGACAGAUGAUACGCACACGGACCCCGUGUACCAGGUGGUUUGGCUGCCUGUGCCUCGACACAGCCACCGCUUCCGGCUGCUGAGUGUGGCCACUGACGGGAAGGUGCUGCUCUGGCAGGGGGCCGGCGCAGGUGUGCUGCAGCUCACUGAGGGUUUUGCGCUGGUUGUGCAGCAGCUCCCACGGAACACCAAGCUGAAGAAGCCUACCCGGGGUGAGACCGAGGUGGGUAUCACGGCUGUGGCUUUCUCCAGCUUUGAUCCCAGCCUUUUUGUUCUGGGCACUGAAGGCGGCUUCCCACUCAAGUGUUCCCUGGCAGCAGAGGAGGCAGCCCUUACACGGACGUCCACCUCUGUGCCCCUGCGGGCACCAGCACAGUUUACCUUCUUUCCCCACGGUGGUCCCAUCUACUCUGUGAGCUGCUCCCCUUUCCACAGGAACCUCUUCUUGAGCGCAGGUACCGAUGGCCACGUCCACCUGUACUCCGUGCUGCAGGCCCAGCCCCUGACUUCACUGCAGCUGUCUCACAAGUACUUAUUUGCUGUCCGCUGGUCCCCAGUGCGCCCCUUGGUCUUUGCGGCUGCUUCUGGGGAAGGUGAUGUACAGUUGUUUGAUCUCCAGAAAAGCUCCCAGAAACCCACGGUUUCUAUCAAGCAAACCCAGGAUGAAAGCCCUGUCUACUGUCUGGAAUUUAACAGCCAACAGACUCAGCUUUUGGCUGCUGGGGAUGCUAAGGGAAUGGUGAAGAUCUGGCAGCUGAGCUCGGAGUUCACAGAACAGGGACCCCGAGAAACAGAGGACUUGGACCAGCUGGUAAUGGAGGUGGCCACCUGA